AUGUGCAGGAAUGGUGGCGUGUUUUCGAGCGUCGGCGAUGCCCAGCGUUGCUUCGGUGUAAUGAUGAAGACGGACCCUUUGCCUUCCCCCCGGGAUUUCAGUCUUCUGUUGGGUACUGUAGUGAGGAUGAAGCACUACUCCACUGCCAUCCGCUUGAUUGAGCAGCUGCAUUCGUUAGGGGUUGAAGAUAAUCAUUAUUGGCUGACGAUUUCCCUGAAUUGCUUCUGUCGGUUAGAGCGGGUCGAUUUGGGUUUGUCUAUCCUGGGCAGAAUCUUGAAGCUUGGGUUUCCCAUCACUGUGGUGGCAACGAGUACCUUAAUUGAUGGUCUCUUUAUUCAGGGCAAAACUGAUCAAGCACUGAGGUUCCUCGAUGAUAUGGGACGAAAUGGCCCCGAACCUGAUGAGACCACGUAUGCAAUAAUCGCAAAGGGGUUAUGCAGGGCUGGUAACACCAGAUUGGCGAUUGAAUUGCUGAGGGACUGGGAAGAGAGAGGCUGCAGGUUCGAUUCCUUCGCAUAUGGCAUAAUAAUAGAUAGUCUUUGCAAGAAGAGAUUCAUCACUGAGGCCGUGAGACUCCACGAAAGUUUCAGUAGGAAAGGCGUCGAACCAAAUGUUGUUACUUAUAACUCCUUGAUCCACAGUAUGUGCGAUGGAGGCCAGAUGGAAGAUGCUCUCGUAUUGUUGAAAGAGAUGAUGAGCGGAGGCAUCCAACCCAACAUAUUCACUUAUAGCUCCUUGGUUCAUUGCUUAUGCAACUGA